AUGGAUAAAGCUAAGGCUUUCAGUUUUGAUGAUGAUGUGUUGUCACCUCAAGAGAUAUUAGCUAUAGGUCAACGGUCAUACUCUGGGUCUAAUGAAGAAGGAGUUCUUAACUCCAACUUAAGCACUGUUAAAAGAGCACUUGUUCCAUUAUCCAGUCUGGUGUCACCUAAAAUAUUAGAUCUGAUUAUCCUCGCACAAUCUGGCAAAGACUCUGCUAGGGAAUUGAAACAAAGCGAAGCGGAAGAGACUGUGGAUGUGACAUUGAAGCGACUUGUGCUGGGCCGCAGUUGCUCCUUGCAUGUACAUCGCAGUCUGAAGAGCAAGACUGAUCUUUUGGAUGGGGCUAUUGCAAUCGGCGAUGGCAAUGCCAUACUAACUGUUGUGCUGUUCCUCAUACAAACAUUAAACAAGAAGCUGGUCUACGAAAUGCUUACGUCUAGACCCCUCGCGCUUGGACAUUACAUUGGAAGCCUGCAAUCUGAAGGAAAGAUCUCCGAGCUGACUGAUUUAUUAACAAUGCUGGGGCGUAUACCAGACUCGGCUAUCAAUCAGUUCCAACAAGUGGUUAAGAGCCAAGGCAACAACUUGGAGGGCCUGCUCCGCAAACUGUCCAACCUUUUGGCCAACCAUUUCAACCAGGCCGGUGUGGACGCGCACCAGGCGAGAAUGGUCGCCGAUUACGUCAAAUUAUUGGAGUGGCAGACUCUCGCCAAGCGGAGCGAGCUGAACAACAAAUCGGCACUAGAGUGCCUAGCUUAUUGCUGCACUAAGCAUUGGACGGAAGGCGCAGGCGCUAUGAUGUCGCCGCUCACGCUUUGCCAGAGGCAGCAGAUCAGCCCGCUACAGUUCGACUGGGUCGUUUUGAACGUGCACGCGAUUUCGAACAAAUGGGACAUUGUGGAGUCGCUGUUCACUAAGAAGGACUGGCUCGGACGCACCACGGUCUCCUCGCACAUACCGAUAGAGGCGCUGCUGUCGAGGCUCAGCGCGCUCAAGGCGGACGAGCGUUUGUUGGCCGUGUGCGUCAACCGGAUCGCGGGCGCCGACGACCGGCUGAGGCUGGCGCAGAAGUACAAGAUACACACCGUUGUGAUAGACAUAUUGGCGAAACAAAAAGACAGAGCCGCUCUGAUGAAUUAUAAGAUGGCUUUGAACCCACAGUCCGAGGAAUACAUCCACGCGGAGAACACGCUGAGAGACAGCUCAAUUAAAUGGAAAAAC